AUGGGCAAAAACAAGUUUGGAUAUUGUUGGGAAAACCGAGAUGCUUAUUGGGCUAGAAUUUCAGAGUACUACAACACACACAAGGAAUCGUCAUGGCCGGAGCGUAAUCCUAAUGCAAUCAAUUGCCGUUACACAUUGAUUAACAGAGAGACCUCCAAAUUUUGUGGUUGCCUUCAGCAGAUUUUAAAUAAGGAAGAAAGUGGAAGGACUAUAGCAGAAAAGACAAACGAUGCACACAUUCUGUUCAAGGAAAUGGAUGUUAAAAAAAAACGGCCUUUCACAUUGAUGCAUUGCUAUAUAGAGUUUGCAAAGUAUCCAAAGUGGCAGACAAGAGAACUUGAAACUUCUCUUAAGAAACAAAAGAAGACCAUUGAUGGAAGUCCAGGCACAGCCACCAAUGAUCCGUCCGAUGCAUCCUCAGUACGCACUGAUGCAACCUCGAUACAUACUGAUGCUCUUGAACAUGAGAAAAGACCUGAUGGUGUUAAGAAGGACAAGAGAGGUAAAACUGAUGAGAAUGCUUGCAAGCUGUCAUUAGAAACUGUGUGGGCAGCAAAGCAAGAGAAGGAUGAGAUCAAAGAAGCGGCAAGAAAUGCUCGCCAUGCACAGCAAUUUGAAUUGCAAAAAAAGGAGAUUGCACUCAGAAAGAAGGAGGAUGCACGAAACGAGAGGGAGGAUGCACGGAGACAGUUUGAAUUAGAUGAGAGGGUCAUGCUGCUCGACACUAGUGGUAUGACUGAUGUGCAAAAGCAGUUCUACCAAGCUAAGCAGAAUGAGAUCCUGCUCGAGGCCUAG